CCCAAAUCACGGACCAACUUUUGCUUUGCAACAGACCUAUUACCUGCAGCUUCGACUGUUCAAGACCCCCCGUCUGCAUCAUCUCCAAAAGCAUCAUUUCCCUUUUCCAAUCGGCCGACGGCCGGCGUUUGUCCCUUUGCUCUCGUCUCUUCCCCAACAGCCUCCUGUACCGCACUUCGACCCAGUACCUUCAUCUCGCAACUCUCUCUGGUCUACACGCCACCUCUCAGCGCGCUUGACAACGCACUCACAUCACUCGCCAUGUCCCGUAUACAGCAAGAUCAGUUUGUCGACGAUGACGAAGACGAGUGCUGCCCCCUCUGCGUCGAGGAAUUCGAUUUGUCCGACAAAAACUUUCGCCCAUGUCCCUGUGGCUAUCAGAUAUGCCAGUUCUGCUUCAACAACAUCAAGACCACCAUGAACGGGCUGUGCCCAGCAUGUCGCCGACCCUAUGACGAAUCGACAAUAGAAUGGAAAAACAUCACCCCCGAAGAGAUGAGCAGGCAUAAACAGCAGAUUGCGCAGAAAGCCAAGAAGAACGCGCAGAUGCGGCAAAAGGAAGCCCAGAAAGCCGAAGCCGACUCCCUCAGCCGUAAACAUCUCGCCGGUCUCCGUGUUGUUCAGAAGAACCUCGUAUAUGUUACCGGUCUUACCCCGACAAUACGCGAGGAUCGCUUGUUAGAUACCCUGAGAGGCCCUGAAUACUUUGGACAAUACGGCAAGAUCAUCAAAAUUGUCGUGAGCAAAGCAAGGGAGAAUGCGCAGCAUCAAUCAUCGGUCGGAGUAUACGUUACCUUUGCCCGUAAAGAGGAUGCCGCGCAGUGCAUAAAUGCCGUAGAUGGCUCCCAGAAUGGUGAAAGGACCUUGAGGGCUCAAUAUGGCACAACCAAGUAUUGCUCGGCGUAUCUGCGUGGCGAGCAAUGCAACAAUCGGAACUGCAUGUUCUUGCACGAACCCGGUGAAGACAAUGACAGCUUCACUCGCCAAGACUUGUCCAUGAUGAAUUCCAUACAGACCCAACAACCUGCGCAGUCUUCGACCAGCCGAUCGGCACCACCCGCGCACCAGGGCCCACCAGUUGCUGCUGCCGCCCCUAUGAAUCGCCAGGAUAGCAACGAUGCUUCCAGCCCUAUAGACACCCCUGGACUACCUGCCACGGCCAGCUGGGGAAAUAGAGCGGCUCAAGAACGUCGAGCCAGUCGUUCCACGAAUGCCUCAAACCCCAGUCCAAUGACAACGAACGCUACUCCUGCACCACAAGUUGCCAAGACGAACAAGGGUGAGGAGUCGCAGAAGGCCAAAGAGAAGGAGAAGGAGAAGGAGAAGGAGAAAGCAAAGGAGACGUCGACGCAAACAUCGCAAUCUGCUACCCCACAGCCACAACCACAAACUCAACCCUCACCUGCUCCUCGUCCCCCGAAGCCUUGUCUUCCAGGCUUGGAAAAUUUGCUCAAGAAAAUCAUCAAUACAGACUUCAAAUUCGUAUUCUCUAACAAUGACCUAUCUGAGGAGGACAUGAAGGCUAUCAAGGAAUUCCCCCAAUUGUUGGACCCCAAUGGUGGUGCAAAACGGCGAGCUAAGAAAGAACGUGACGAAGAAUUGGCCGCCCAACGAGAAGCUGAAAUACAAGCCGCGGCGCAACAAUCGCAUGAACCGCAGCAGCAGCAACAACAGUCACUGCCACCUACUGAAACUGAAGAGCACGAAACCACUGCUGGAGGCAGUCUUCAACUUGGCGGAGAACCGGAAGAAUCCCUGCAGACCGGUGCAGGCCUCCAAGCUCAAAAUCAGCAUGCGAUUGCACCACCAGGGCAACCUUCGUUUGGUGGUACCAUCUUCCGACAGAACGCUGAAGAUCUGAGCAACCUUGGAGUAAACAACGGUCGGGGAAUGACCCCACAGCAGCAGCAACAGCAGCAGCAGCAAAUACUGCUUCAGAACUUCAAGUCAGGCCCACAAGCUGGCGGACUCAUGUCGAACUUUCAGAACAAUCAGGCCAGCCAAAUGCACGGUCAGGGGGGUAACCCAUCUGGCCACACCCGGCACACCUCCCGAUUCAGUUUUGCCAAUGAUGGCGCUCCUGGAUCCACUUCUGUUCAACCUGUCGCAAACCAGAAGCUGAUGAACCAACAAAACACCAUGAUGCCAAAGAAUAACAGUCACUUCAACCAACUCUCACAACAUCAAUCACUGGGCGGCCAGUUCUAUACCAGCGGUGUUCAAGGACCUCCACCCGGUUUGAAAGGCACUGGCACACCACCAAUCAGCGGAGGUGGUAUGUUUGGCCAAGGCCAUAAUUUCGCUACCGGCAGUGUGUAUGGCGCAAAUACUGCUGGCAGGAACAACAAUGAUGCAUUGUAUCAGGACUUGAUCCGAGGCAAUGGUGGUGCCAGAGUAGCUGAUGCCGGAAAGCGUGAGUCAAUGUUUCCUUCCUUUCUAAACCAACACCCCACGACCUCUACGCCAGCUCCUGCCCCUGGCCUUCUCAGCUUCCCUUAUGGACCUUCGCCUGGCGCGUACCAGGAGUCUGGUUCGCAAAAGUCUAAGAAAAAGGGAAAGAAGCACAGACAUGCUAACACUUCCUCCUCUGGAGGCGGUGUAGUGGAUGUUCAAGACCCAAGUAUCUUACAGGCGAGGUUGCAUCAAGGGGGUGGGAUGGCCGGACAGGGGCUCUAUGGCCAAGGUCAAGGUGGGUUCUCUUCUCUUAAUAAUUACAACAACUACGGCGGCGCCGGACGGGUUCACGUCAACAUCUCUCGUCGUCUUCGUCAUGGCCAGUCUAUCCAUCUCACCGUCCGAUCGUCGCUGUCCGUUGUUCUACAUAUAUCCCCAGAAGAUCAAAUUUUCAGUCUUGAGGAAGAAGCCUCAAUCAACGUUGAUGCGCUAGUCAACGAUUCUGUUGCUGACCCACAGGGGAAGCCUGCAACCAUUGCGUUGCAAACGGUAGAUUUACCACGGAGAUCAACUCCAACUAUUCCACCCGGGUUCACUGCACCAGCAGUGCCCCAUGCAAUAGGAGCCGAGCAGCUUGCUCGUCCCUUAUCGCGCAGCGCUGGGCCAAUAAUAGCUCCAGCUGUUCCAGUUGUGCCUGUUACACCUGGACAGGCUGCGACAUCAGUGAAGACAAAAAAAUCGAAGAAAGUCGUUGAAACAGCCGAGUCCGCCGACCACAACAAGGACGAUAUCAGUACAAAUGCUGAGUCGCACGCGGUCACUCCUCCUUCGAGCAGCAAGAAGUCCAGCUCUGUCAAAUCAAAGCCUACGCAAGAGAGUCUCAAGAAAACAGUAGAGGUAGCACCAGUGAUAACUACAAAGGAGAACAAGAAGUCUGCUCCGUCUACAUCUAAAGCUACCACUCCCAAGAAGACAGGUGGGGUUAAAGGGGGACAAACUGCAGUCGAUAUUUCGCCGCAGAAAGAUUCGAAGGAUGCCCCAUCUUCUGUGACCACCCCGGCUUCGUCUAAGCGGCAACAUCCUGGCAAAUUAGAUAUUGCGGCGGCUACCAAACCUGCAGAACUUGAACAACCUUCAGUGCCAGGCUGGGUGAAGUCCGAAUCACAGGUGAAGGCGACUCGGACUGCAUCUACCGCACCUAAUGCUUGGACUCCCGGAAGUCCAGCGGCCAUAUCGACAGGGUCACCUGUUAAGAAAACUACAGCUGCUCGGACGCUACGUGUGGUGGCGACGCCUAAGACAGAAAGUCCUUCUCCAUGGUCGGCUGCCUCGACUACGUCUCAUCCGCAGGUACCGACCGUAGAAAAACUUCGCUCAAGACAAGCGAGUAUAGCUUCCGUCAACUUGCCCGGGACGCCCGUAAGCGAGCUCGUGUCCGACACCGCAUCGAUUACGUCUACUUCAAUUUCACGCGCCAACUCUCCCCCUCCUGUGGGUGGUAAAGUUGGCUCGGCUCCAGUCAGGAAAAAGACAAAGUCUCAGCAGAAGAAAGAGCGGCAAGAGAGGGCCCGACAGGAGGAGGAACGUGCGCUGGCUAUGGAAGAGCAUAAGUCGGAGCCAGAGGUUGUUCAAGAGCCGCUUAUGGGCCGCAAGAAGAAGGCGAAGAAGCCUGCGAACAACCCUAAGCCAUUGCAUGUACCUACCAAGGCCCCGCCCCAAUCUCCCAAACCGGUCGAAGUCGAAGAAGUCAACGAGCAAGCAGAACCACCUGAGGCACCUCCUGUGGCAACCAAGAAGCCGCAAAUUCGGAGUUCGACGCCUUUGCGUGUAGACCCUCAUCCACCCCCAGAAUCAAAGGAGAGGCGAGAGACUACCGCGCAGGCUAUUAUUGCCGAUCUUCAAAAGACUGGGGAGCUUAUUGCGUCGACUUUGGAGUUCUUCAAGCCACUCUCGUCGUCGCUUGCACAAUCGUCACGCCCGGUACAAUCUAGUGGGGGCCCUGUGUCCCCUCCGGAUUUGAAGAUGCACCUUUCACCCGCUGAUGUGGAGGCGCUCUCAAAGAAGCAGCCGGUCCGGCUCACUGGAAAUGAUGGAAAAAUAGACUCUAAUACACUCAUCACCCCUCACGGAAAAUUCUUCUGGGGUCUCACGAAGGAACUUGAGGAGAGAGUGCUGGAAUUAGAGAAACACAUCGACAAUUUGAAAGGGCCAGGACGCUUUCAUACUCACAGAGGAUUGUCACAGCAGCAUCGUCUUGCAUCGCAGGCGCUCCCAGCCCUCGCAACCGCUCUUAAAGAAGCCGGUGCAACUCUCAGCAAGAGUAGUGGUCAGCAACUCGAUUCUGCACUUUUGGGAGCAACUGCGCUCCCCUUACCUCCAGUUCAGAACACAUCUGAUCUACCACCGCCGCAAUCUCAAGCACAGCAGCAACAGGCGCCUGCUGAUGCAGGCUCUUACCUCAAUCAAUUCGUCCUGCCAAAGACGGACAGUCCGGUGCCCAAUAGCUCGCGGACGGAAAUGGCAGCCGUUGGCGGCCUACCCGGAUCUGGCACAGCAAAUAUGUCAGUCAAUGUGAAUAAGCUUGCCAAAGCUGCCAGAGCAGUCGCGGAAGGUGGAGCAGUCGGUACAGAGCUCGAGGGAAUGGGCGUUAUGGCAGCCGAUUUACUCGGUGGUGUCUUCGUCCAAGGACUAGAAACACUUGUUGGCGCCGGUUUGGACUUCUCUACCUCUUCUCAAGAUAUCACCCUCGAAGGCAACGGAAAUGUUUCGCUCAAUAGCCGAGGGGUAGAUGUUCAAAACCUAGUCAGCGCGUUCGAAACUGGUGGUGGAUUGAGGGAUCUCACUAGUAGGGGCAUUCUGGGAAGUGGUAAGGGAAGACGGCCUGUGCUUAGCAUGGAUGAAGCUGAACAAGCUAUGCUUGCGGCGAAGAAGGAUCAUGAGGCUCUCGAGAAGAAGCUGGCUGCGGUCAUGAAGAGAAACAAGAAAAUGGUUGGAGGUUCAGGAAGAGCAUAA